AUCUCAAGUCAGAUCUCUCUCUUCUUCUUUUGUUUCAUCUUCACUAAAUAAGGCUGCUGGAUAAUCUUUGAGUAAUAAAGAUUUUUUCUUUUUUCUUUUUUCCAUCGAUGAUCGUAAGUUUUCUUGAGAUGUUCCCCAACCCAAGCACGAGUUAUGGAAAUUUAUCAGCACAAGUUGCAGCAAUUCAACACCCUUAAUUGUUAGAAUUUUAAUCUACACUUACUAAAGAUUCAUUACUAGAAGGAAGAGGAAUCGCAAUUUGAAUGGAUUAGGCCACUAAAAAUUGAUAUGGGUACCCAACUUAGUACCUGUAUAAUUCUUCAAGUCUAUGGGAAAAUGAUGGGUGCAGACCUCUUUCUCUCUCACUAUUUCCUAGGAAGGGCUGUGGAAGAAGGUGUGUCCUAGAAUUAGAUUUUUUGUUUGGAAGCGCAUUGUUCUAUUGGUGGACGGUCUGUAUUCAUUUUCCUCAUUUGCUGCUUUCUGGUCUUGAAUCAUCACUUUCCUCAGUCAGUAGUCUAGUAUACAGCAGGAGGCUAUAACAGAUGCUUCCGUUUUGGAAUGCAAUUGGCGUUCAUGAGGACUUUUGUUGAACAUGAGGACGGCAAUACCAUUGCUUUCAUCAAGUAGCUUAUCUCUGCAUCAGCUAGGUUUAGUACUACAAAAAUGUAUGAAAGUGAAGGCAUUGCCACAGGGCAAGCAAGUACAUGCCUUGCUGCUGACUAAUGGGAUUGAUAGGAAUGCUGACGAUUCAUUGAAAUCCAAGCUUGUAGGUGUAUACGCAGGUUGUGGGGAUGUGAGGUCAGCAAGGAUCGUGUUCGAGCAAACUCAAAACCCAAGUUUGUUUGCAUUGAAUUGGAUGAUUUUGGCCUCGGCAUUUAAUGGGAGCUAUGAAGAGGCAAUAGGGUACUUCUCUUUGUUGCAGGAAUUAAGAAAUGUACCCAAUAAGUUCACUUUUUCCAUAGUCCUCAAGGUUUGUGUUGGUUUGAUGGAAGUGCAAAAAGGAAAGGAAGCUCAUGCUGUGAUAAAAAAAUUGGGGUUUGAGUCUGAUGUAUCUGUGGGAAAUGCUCUGGUUGACAUGUAUUGCAAAUGUGGAAGAGUGGAUUAUGCCCGCAAACUUUUUGAUAGAAUGAUUGGAAGAGAUGUUGCUGCUUGGACAUCAAUGAUUUGUGGGUAUUCUUAUAUUGGGAAGCUGGAAGAAUCACUUGUUUUGUUUGAGCGGAUGAAGUUCGAAGGAUUGGAACCAAAUGACUUCACAUGGAAUGUUGUGAUAGCUGGUUAUGCUCGGAGGGGAGAUGGCGAUGGAAUUUUAAAUCUAUUUUCUAGAAUGAAUCAAGAAGGGUUGAUUCCCGAUUUGGUCACUUGGAAUGCAAUAAUUUCAGGUUUUGCUCAAAGCAACCAACCCACUGAGGCAAUAAGAUUGUUUAGGAAUAUGUUAGCUAUUGGGAUUAAGCCUAAUCACGUGACUGUCACGGGACUGUUACCAGCAUGUGGGUUGAUAGGUUCAAUUCGCAGAGGGAAAGAAGUCCAUUGCCUGAUUUAUAGGAUGGAGCUUCAUAUCAAUGUCUAUGUUGCCACUGCUCUUGUGGACGUAUACUCCAAAUGUGGGAGCGUUAAAGAUGCUUGGAAUGUGUUUGAUUGGGCUCCUGUUAAGAAUGUCACAUUGUGGAAUGCUAUGAUCGGAUGUUAUGGGAAGCAUGGGAUGGCUGAGUCCUCAAUCCAAUUGUUUGAGAGAAUGCAAAAAGAAGGAAUCCAUGCAAAUCAAAUUACUUUGACUUGUGUUCUUUCCGCUUGUAGCCAUGGUGGUUUAGUUGAGAUUGGCUUGAAGAUUCUUAGAUCCAUGAAAGAAACGUACCGAGUACAGGUCAGUAAGGAGCAUUAUGCUUGUGUUGUUGAUCUCCUCUGCCGUUCCGGAAGGAUUGUAGAAGCUUAUGAACUAGUGAAGGGGAUCUCAAUAGGAGUCACUGAUUCUAUCAUUGGUGCUUUCUUCAAUGGGUGUAUAAUCCAUGGAAGAAGAGAUUUGGCUAAAAAGAUGGCUGAGGAGAUUUUGAAGACUGAGCUGAACAAACCUGGAGGUUUUGUGACACUAUCAAAUAUUUAUGCUGUUAGUGGAGAGUGGGAAGCAGUUGAAAAUGUGAGGCAGUUGAUGAAGGAGAAGAGGAUACUUAAAAUGCCUGGUUUCAGUAGGGUUGAGAAGAGGGAUGGGUUUGCUGAUUUGGGCAUGGAACAAGAAGGGGAUACAGUUGGAAUGGAAGCAGCUAAACACGGAUAAGAAUGCUUCAAAUGCUGGUUUUGACUUUUGCACUAGUCACAGAAGGAAAUAUAUAAUUUGAGCUCUUCAAAUUUAGAUGAGCAGCAUUGUUGAGAUUUUUUGAACUUCUGAAUAAAUUUUAAAAAUUGAGAUGUCUUAUGUUCAAAA